CUUAAAGACCUUCAUAAAAUUUAUUACUUUCCAGUCACCUCAUUAACCUUUUCUUGCGGUGGGAUGGACGCCUGCUUAUUUUCAUCUACUGUUCAAAAAUAACUCCUCGACCCCGUUCCCCGUCCAUUCCGUCUGUUGUGUGCACCGCCCCUCUCUUGGCACACUGCCUCAUUCCUCCUCCCACGUCAUCUUCGCGAAUCUUAUUCUCUGCUACUCCCGCUCGACAUCGCGCUCACCGCGCCUUGAAUUGGGCCCAGUCUUUUGGACUCUCGCAUCGCAUCUAGGCAGCUGGACAUGCCAAUCAUCACUCUCAGAUAUCUGCACUGUUGAUGCCCAGAAGUCAGUUGACUAGUUGAUCUAGUCAGUCGCAAUGGCCCGUCCGUUUCAGCCUUAUGAGCCCGAGCUACAAAAGCUCUCCUCGAACACAGAAAGUCCCAUGUCGCCAGUUCCGCCAGGAGAAACCCCUGUCUCGUUCAAACCCAACGUUAACCGGGCAAAGACAAAGCGCUGGGUAGAAGCAAAGAAGUAUUCCUAUGAUGGCAACGAUUGGGGCGACGAUGAAUACGGCGAGUACGAUGACGACGAGCCUCCGCCGGUCCCGCAACACAACUUGAAUCAAAGCACGAGCACGGGAGAUCUUCCAAGUAUGUUUACCAGGGAUCCCUCCCGACCGCCACUGCCUUCAAUGGAUCGGUCGCGGUCCAUGGAUCAUGUUGCAACUCUAGGGGCAGAAUCAAUUCGCGACCGAUCUACAGAACCGACGGUCGUCGAGCCCGCGACGCGGACCGUUCCGAUCGUUCGUCCGGUCGAUAUUUACAAGAGAAUGAGAUCUGAAAGCGCCGUGCCGCAAGAUCGCAACGGCUCUCUCCAGCCAAGCGGAGGCCUUUCUGCCACUGCGACUGCGACUGUUCCGGGCCUCGCGUCUGACGAAAUCCACCUACCAUCCAGCAACCAAGCCGCGGCCGAGCCGAGUGGUUACAAGCCCUUUCGACCACAAGGCACCGUGGAGGGGGAGCAAGUGCAGCAACCACUUCAAGAUACUCAUGCCGCUGAGACAUCCGAGACGAUUUCACCCGCCAUUCACCUUCCUGAUGUGAAACGUCUUUCAAGCUUCGACCCCGACUUCUCGGGCGACUCAUACUUCCCUUCGCCCCAGGUUCCAGAGCCUAAGCCCGAGCAACAUCAACUGCAGCACAACCCAUCUAUGGGUUUCCGGUCUGUGGUUCAUCAAGCCUUCGAUGUGCCUGAUACCCCCAGCACGACCGUUGACAGUGUCGCACGAUCCAACAGCGAUAGCACAUCGGUAAUCAGUCCCAUCAUCUCGGCCCCGACUCAGAGUGAUAUCAAGACACCUACGAUUGCGGAAGAGCCCGAUGAGAGUACACCUCCGCCGAAAGACGCAAGUAGCGGCUUAGUCUUCAAACCAGGUCACCGUCGAGACAUUAGCCUUCCUAGCCCCAAUAAUAGCCCCUCGAGGACCACCAAGAUCACCAGUAUCCAAGACACACACCCGUCUGCAGCAGGUGAGGUAUCUGUGGAAAUACCGGUCGAGUCUUCCCUGGUUUCACAGUCGGACGAACAAGCGCCACAAAGAGACCCGGUGCCAGCAACAGCACCAGGCCCUGAUCAUCCCGCUCCUCUGAGUAUUGGAGGUCAUUCGGCGACAUCGGCCCCAUUACUCACACAUGAUGGUGUCCCCAUCAUCAUACCUUCCAUGAGCACCGACGAUUCUCCCCAAGAUACGGAGAGUGACCGCUUACGAAAGGAGAUCAUGCGCACAUUGAGUCGCGAGAACACGCCCACAAAAGAGCAGGAAGAGGAGGAACCGGCAAGUAGGCCAGAGGCUGAACGUCAGGACAGCCUCAUUCCAAGCGAGUACGAGAGGUAUUGGAAUGCGGCAGAGUCUACCGCAAGCCCCUUGACCCUUGACCAGACGAGCCCAGACUUUGCUGCUUCUCCGAUUGCCCUUCAAGGCUCGACUGCUCAGGAAGUGUCCGCUGCUGUCCCAGAGCCUAUCACAUCCCCUGCAACGGAGACUUCGAAGCCGAAACUGACGCGACGCUUCUCAUGGGAGUCUUCUUCAUCUUCUGAAGAGCCUGCUCCGGCAGAACCGGUGCAGUCGCCUCUUGCUCCUAUGCCAGGACAGUUCCCAGCUCCCAGUGAGACUCCAGUCCAGCCAAUCACGGAGACUGACGCGAUGGAAUCCAGCCCGGCGGAAGCUGUGACAGCGGAGACCGUGUUUUCUGAAGAGUUCCAGAACCAGGCCCCUGAAAGUGUCAGCGCUGUGGGGAAUGAGAAGCCCAAGCUGACCAUAAUGCCCCCGGUGCCAGACAAUCGUAGUAUUAUCUCCGAUGGACAGUUGCCUGAAGUAUACAACGCCGAAGCCAUUCCCGGCACCUAUACGGACGAUCCACCUGCUUUUGCUGACCACCAGAUUCCCCGGUGGACUCCUACAGCGCCUGCAUCCGUCGAGCCUACGCUACUUGGCUUCCGCGAGAUUCUAGCGAAGAAGUCGUCGGAGGAACGGGUUCAGGCGUUCAACGAGACGCGAGCCAAGUUUGCAACCAUUGACACCGGACUCAGCCACUGGAUCCAUGUCACCAUUCAGACCCACCCCGAGCACACAGAUGUGGUCGAGAAGAGCGCGAGACUUGCCCUUAGCGAGCCCAAGGCUGCAGUGCCUCGCAAGAAGUUCCCCAAAUUAUCGUCGCUUGGGAGUUUCGGUGCCUCACAGCUCGAUGUUUCCUCGCCUUCUGGCUCUGGCCACGCGCGGCGACCGUCAGCUCCUCUGGGGGCGAUGAUGAACAAACAACAGGUGGAGCAACGGGGAAAGGAGCUGCUGCACUCUGCCGGGGUGCUGGGUGGCCGGGCAGGCGAGGCUGCCAAAGGUCUCUUCGCUAGAGGCCGGAGCAAGUUGAAGGGAGGACACUCUGACAAGGUAGAUUCUUAAUCUCUUUUGUGCCUGGGGGGCGGUGCUUGACAGCGAGUGGAGAUUUUCAUUUCUGAUGUGUGACUAUGCUUAUUGAUACCAUGCCAUAAUUGAAC